GAAGGAAAUGUCUCCACCAAGAUGACCAUCACUAUCUUCUGUGACUGGCCUCUUUCAUUGCCUUUUGCUUUAUUACAGCACUGAGAUAUUUUCCAGAAGACUGGAAAUAUAUAUAUUUAUCAUCAAAUAAUAAUUUUUCGUUUUGUGAGAAAGAUCUCAAAGCUUGGGGUGGAAUGAACAUCAUCCUAAUCUCCUCAUUGCUGGGUGUAGCGGCACUCGUACUCCUCGUUGCAGCUUCUAAAGUCCCGAGGACAUCAUUCAGCAGCAUCAAUCAAACUUCCAACCCAGAUGACUCGCGAGUCAGCGUGACCGUGUGGCCGCCAGGGACGAAGGUCUUCCUCGGGGAGUGUGUGCUGCUGCGAUGUACGGUGGAGUCCAACUCCACUUUGGCGUGGACUUACCGCUGGUUCAGAAAUGAGCCUCGCCCCACCCGGAUGGGGAAGGACCCCCGGCAUCUGCUUUCUGGGGGUAGCUACUCCAUCACCGCCGUGGCGAGGGAGGACGCCGGCAGGUACUGGUGCCAGGCCGAGUGUUCCGAUACUAACACCACCAAGGCGCUCCUAAGCGGUCCGGUUUCACUGAGUGUGUCAGAGUUGCCCCCACCCUCACUGACUCUGACCCCCAGCUCCAGGCACAUGUUCGCUGGCGAGACCUUUACCUUGCACUGUCCCGAGAAUCUGACCAACUCCACAGCUUGGGUCCUGAGGCAAACCUCAACCAGCCACUUCAUAAGAACCGCAGACUCCAAGACCGGUGCAUGCUUCUCACCAGGCAGUGUAGUCAACCCAGGCAGAUCCAGCACCUGUUUGGUCUCGACUACGAAGGGCCAAAGUGGGCUGUACUGGUGCGACGGCGCCGAAGGCCGCAGCAAUGCCGUUCACAUCACCGCCACCUCCGGUCCGGUCAUCAUGAGGACCCCCGCCUUCUCCGUACCACAAGGGGGUAGCGUGGUCUUAGCAUGUCGCUAUCAGAAAUCCAACCACACAAAGACGACCUUCUUCAGGAACGGCAUUGAAAUGUUCACAUCCAGUUCCCUCAGUCCAACCGCGGAAAUGAAAUUAACCAUUCAGAAUGUGAGCGAGGCGCACGAAGGCUUUUACAAAUGUGCGUCAGAGGACGGAACGCUGGAGAGCCCACAGAGCUGGUUGUCCGUAACAAGCGACUUCUUAUCUACGGAUGUGUCAGCCGCCUCCACCUCUAGCUCCUGGACGUGGCUCGCUGUUUCAUGCAUUCUUAUGAUCCUCAUCCCGCUUGCUAUCUUGCUAAUUCAUCACUUCAGGUACAAGAUGCUUUACACGCGCAGCUGCUGGACGGGUUCUGGCGAGGAGACUCCCGCCUCCGUCCUUCCCGCCACCAAACAGGACGUGACGGAGGUACAGUGGGAUCUUUCCUGGAUGGAAAUGUCCAACCUGCUCUAUCCGGGCAAAUGAAGUGAAGGACUUGGCAGACAGAAGGCAACAAACUCGUUUUUUCCUGUUAUUCUUCUAACUGUCAGAUUGUUUUGGCAUUGAGUAUUUUUCCUUGUUCAAAUAAAGUUUGAGCUUUUAUCGGCAA